AUGUUAUUUAUACUCGUUGCUAACAUUGUUUUUUUAGAUAUUUUACGGGGUAUAAAGAAAAUUCCAAUAUAUUUAGGUAGUAGUAGUAGUAGUAGUAGUAGUAGUAGUAGUAGUAGUAGUAGUAGUAGUAGUAGUAGUAGUAGUAGUGGUAGUAGUAGUGGUAGUAGUAGUGGUAGUAGUAGUGGUAGUAGUAGUGGUAGUAGUAGUGGUAGUAGUAGUGGUAGUAGUAGUGGUAGUAGUAGUGGUAGUAGUAGUGGUAGUAGUAGUAGUAGUAGUAGUAGUAGUAGUAGUAGUAGUAGUAGUAGUAGUGGUAGUAGUAGUGGUAGUAGUAGUAGUAGUAGUAGUAGUAGUAGUAGUAGUAGUAGUAGUAGUAGUAGUAGUAGUAGUAGUAGUAGUAGUAGUAGUAGUAGUAGUAGUAGUAGUAGUAGUAGUAGUAGUAGUAGUAGUAGUAGUAGUAGUAGUAGUAGUAGUAGUAGUAGUAGUAGUAGUAGUAGUAGUAGUAGUAGUAGUAGUAGUAGUAGUAGUAGUAGUAGUAGUAGUAGUAGUAGUAGUAGUAGUAGUAGUAGUAGUAGUAGUAGUAGUAGUAGUAGUAGUAGUAGUAGUAGUAGUAGUAGUAGUAGUAGUAGUAGUAGUAGUAGUAGUAGUAGUAGUAGUAGUAGUAGUAGUAGUAGUAGUAGUAGUAGUAGUAGUAGUAGUAGUAGUAGUAGUAGUAGUAGUAGUAGUAGUAGUAGUAGUAGUAGUAGUAGUAGUAGUAGUAGUAGUAGUAGUAGUAGUAGUAGUAGUAGUAGUAGUAGUAGUAGUAGUAGUAGUAGUAGUAGUAGUAGUAGUAGUAGUAGUAGUAGUAGUAGUAGUAGUAGUAGUAGUAGUAGUAGUAGUAGUAGUAGUAGUAGUAGUAGUAGUAGUAGUAGUAGUAGUAGUAGUAGUAGUAGUAGUAGUAGUAGUAGUAGUAGUAGUAGUAGUAGUAGUAGUAGUAGUAGUAGUAGUAGUAGUAGUAGUAGUAGUAGUAGUAGUAGUAGUAGUAGUAGUAGUAGUAGUAGUAGUAGUAGUAGUAGUAGUAGUAGUAGUAGUAGUAGUAGUAGUAGUAGUAGUAGUAGUAGUAGUAGUAGUAGUAGUAGUAGUAGUAGUAGUAGUAGUAGUAGUAGUAGUAGUAGUAGUAGUAGUAGUAGUAGUAGUAGUAGUAGUAGUAGUAGUAGUAGUAGUAGUAGUAGUAGUAGUAGUAGUAGUAGUAGUAGUAGUAGUAGUAGUAGUAGUAGUAGUAGUAGUAGUAGUAGUAGUAGUAGUAGUAGUAGUAGUAGUAGUAGUAGUAGUAGUAGUAGUAGUAGUAGUAGUAGUAGUAGUAGUAGUAGUAGUAGUAGUAGUAGUAGUAGUAGUAGUAGUAGUAGUAGUAGUAGUAGUAGUAGUAGUAGUAGUAGUAGUAGUAGUAGUAGUAGUAGUAGUAGUAGUAGUAGUAGUAGUAGUAGUAGUAGUAGUAGUAGUAGUAGUAGUAGUAGUAGUAGUAGUAGUAGUAGUAGUAGUAGUAGUAGUAGUAGUAGUAGUAGUAGUAGUAGUAGUAGUAAUAUGAUUCGAAACAUAUUUUGCGGAAUAAAAUGUAUAAAAUAA